AUAAUUCUCUGCGUUUUCUCUUUAAAAUAAGCAUAAAGAAAAGUAUCAGAGAUUUUAUUGACUGAAAGAACUUUCAAUGCAUUGUGUUGUUUGUUUGGUUGCUGGAGAUUUCUCUAUGGCUUGUCAACUUUGAUGGGGGUUUGUGAAUGGCUGCUGCAAUUGGUUUGCGUUCAUAAGAAGGAUGGCGAUGAUAAUGAUUUGAUUGCAGUAUUUUAAUUCAAUUCUAAUUGAAAUGGAUCUAUUUUUCUCUUGAUGCCUUGUUUGGAAUAUCUGCUAUAACAUGGACUAGAGCUGCUUAAUGUUAGUUGGCCUGGACUAACUCCUUAAGAAAUUUAGAGAGUUUAGCCCUUGACGUUAUAUAGGCAUAUAGAUAUUUUUAAGCAGUAGAUGCCACUCCUGUCAAACUAACAACUUUGUGAACUAAGAAAGUGCUGAUUAAUUUCCAUAUACAACCAAUGACGGAGAUAUUAGUUUCGCCUCAAGGACAUAAGCAGAAUCUACAAACAUCUGCUCGUAAGCAUUCACCUGGUGGAAUCCAGAAAGAUCUUUGUCUUGUUGUGCGGGAAGGGUCUUUAGCUGAUGUAGAUUCAGCAUUAGCUCUGCUGAAGAAGAAUGGAGGUAAUGUUAAUUCCAGGAACUUGUUCGGUCUGACUCCUCUUCAUAUUGCAACUUGGAGAAACCACAUUCCCAUUGUUAGGAGGCUUAUUGCAGCUGGUGCUGACCCUGAUGCUAGGGAUGGAGAAUCAGGAUGGAGUAGUCUUCACAGGGCUCUACAUUUUGGUCAUCUUGCUGUGGCAAAUGUCCUACUUCAGUCUGGUGCUUCUAUUACAUUGGAGGAUUGUCAAUCACGAACUCCAGUUGAUCUCCUAUCUGGACCAGUGUUGCGGACUGUUGGACCUGAACAUAAUUCAGUAGCAACUGAGGUGUUUAGCUGGGGAAGUGGUGCAAAUUAUCAACUUGGGACUGGAAAUGCACACAUACAAAAGCUACCGUGCAAAGUUGAUUCACUUCAUGGUUCUAUUAUUAAGUUGGUUUCUGCUGCAAAGUUCCAUAGUGUUGCAGUUACUACUCGUGGAGAAAUCUUCACUUGGGGAUUUGGGAGGGGGGGCCGCCUUGGGCAUCCUGAGUUUGAUAUCCACAGUGGCCAAGCUGCAGUUAUAACUCCCCGUCAGGUGACUUCUGGUUUAGGGUCGUGCCGGGUGAAGACAAUUGCUGCAGCUAAACAUCACACUAUUCUCGCUACUGAGGGUGGGGGUGUAUUCACUUGGGGAUCCAAUAGAGAGGGUCAGCUUGGCUACACAUCUGUGGAUACUCAACCCACACCUCGUAGAGUGAGUUCUCUUAAGUCAAGAAUCAUAGCUGUUGCUGCAGCAAACAAGCAUACUGCUGUGGUUUCUGAGUCUGGUGAAGUUUUCACAUGGGGCUGCAAUAGGGAGGGUCAGCUCGGUUAUGGCACCUCUCAUUCAGCAUCAAAUUACACUCCUAGAUUGGUCGAGUACUUGAAAGGCAAGGUCCUAGUUGGAGUUGCAGCUGCAAAAUGCCACACACUUGUAUUAGGAGUUGAUGGAGAGGUCUACACUUGGGGUCACCGACUUGUUACACCGAAGCGUGUUCUCACUGCUAGAAAUUUGAGGAAGAGUGGGAACACCCCUUUGAAGUUCCAUCGAUCGGAACGGCUUCAUGUGGUUGCUAUAGCUGCAGGGAUGGUCCAUAGUGUGGCUCUCACUGAUGAUGGAGCAUUGUUUUAUUGGGCUUCUUCAGAUCCUGAUCUUAGAUGCCAACAGUUGUAUUCACUGUGCGGAAGAAAUGUGGUGAGUAUAUCUGCUGGGAAGUACUGGAUUGCUGCAGUUACAGGCACAGGUGAUGUUUAUAUGUGGGAUGGGAAGAAAACUAAAGAUAAUCCACCACUUAUUACUCGGUUACCAGGUGUAAAGAAGGCUACUUCUGUUUCUGUGGGUGAAACACAUUUAUUGAUUAUUGGAUCUCUCUAUCAUCCUGUCUAUCCUCCAAGUGUGGCUAAGACUCCUCAGAAGCUGAAGUCAAAUGUUAAGAACGACCUAGAUGAGUUUGAAGAAGAUUUUUUGUUUGAUGACAUGGAGUCCAGUAUGUUAUCUGCUGUCGAAAAUGAUGAUUCUGGGCAUAGGCCUGUACCAAGCUUAAAAAGCCUUUGUGAAAAAGUGGCAGCAGAGUGUCUCGUGGAGCCAAGGAAUGCUUUACAACUAGUUGAAAUUGCAGAUUCACUUGAAGCUGAUGAUCUAAGGAAGCAUUGUGAGGAUAUUUGUAUUCGCAACCUUGACUAUAUAUUAACAGUCUCAUCACAUGCUUUUUCUAGUGCAUCCCUGGAUAUUUUAGCUAACCUUGAGAAGUUGUUAGACUUGAGGUCGUCAGAACCUUGGUGUUAUCGUCGGCUCCCAACACCAACUGCUACUUUUCCUGUUAUCAUCAACAGUGAAGAGGAGGAUAGUGAGAAUGAGGUUCUAAGGACUCGCAACAACAAUAUGAAAAAAUCCACCUUCAAGAAAGAGGGAAACACAAGAUUAGACUCCUUUCUGCAACCCAAAGAUGAUCUCAAUCAAGGCAUAAGCAAGGAAAUUCGAGCUUUACGGAAAAAACUGCAGCAGAUUGAGAUGCUUGAAAUGAAGCAGAAUAAAGGGUGUCCUCUUGAUGACCAGCAAAUUGCAAAGCUUCUAACAAAGUCAGCUCUUGAGAAUUCUCUUGCUCAACUUGGUGUUCCAUUUGAGUUACCGCAGUUAAUAACAUCAUCUGCAGCCUUGCCCGAUGGAAAAGGGAAUAAAAAGGCUGGAGUGUCAAAAAAACAGAGGAAAAAGAGCAAACAUAAGGCAGAACAAGUGGAAACAGUUUCUGGUUUUACUGUGACAGAUGUGGAACCAACUCCUGUAAAGGAUUUCCUUGACGCUGAAAUCUCACAAAUUUCCAAGAGUAAGGAGGAAGAUGCUGCGUUUGAAGAUGAUAAGGUCAUCGAAUCUUCCAUAGAGUCCACUUUCUUGGUUCAGAAGAUAGACAGUCCAGAGACACCGAAAAGUAAUAGUUCUUUACAAACGGCACCUAAGAAGAAUAAGAAGAAUAAGAAGGGAGGGCUUUCUAUGUUCCUGAGUGGUGCUCUUGAUGACACCCCAAAAGAUGCCCCCCCUCCCCCACCAACACCAAAAAGUGAAGGCCCUGCAUGGGGCGGGGCUAAAGUUUCAAAGGGAUCUUCUUCACUUCGAGAAAUUCAGAAUGAGCAGAGCAAAAUCAAGGUGAACCAGCAUACUAAAAACAAAGAUCAGUUUGAAGAUCUUUCUAAUGGUAGAAAUGAAGGAAAAUUUCUAUUAAGUUCAUUCUUGCCUUCAAAACCAAUUCCUGUGGUCUCCUCUCGAACGUUGCAUGCAUCUGAUGGAGAAAAAGGCACACCCCCCUGGGCUGCUUCUGGGACACCUCCCAAUCCUUCUCGGCCAUCUCUGAGGGACAUCCAGAUGCAACAGCAAGGAAAACAACAAUGUCUCUCUCACAGUCCUAAGAUGAGAACAGCUGGAUUCUCAAUCUCCUCUAGUCAGGGCUCACCAUCAGAUUCUCCUGGAAUGAACAGGUGGUUCAAACCUGAAGCUGAAACCACCUCAUCGAUUCGAUCAAUUCAAAUCGAGGAGAAAGCUAUGAAGGAGUUCAAGCGCUUCUACAGCAGCGUUAAGAUUGUUAAAAACCAGUCAUAGAAGAACAAAUGAUAUUUCUUGGUGAGGCAGAAAUUGAUGUUCUUCUUUGUUACUUUUGUUUUUUCUUCAAUGCGCUGCUGUACAUUUGACUGUACAGAUAAUCUCACUGUACAUUUUAAUCUUUUAGUUUUUAGGAUAGUUUAUAGCUGUCAAUCAUCUUAUUUGUUUUUCUUGAUGCUUUCAAGUCCCCUGAUGUAUCAACAUUUAGACGUUUUCAUCUGGAAACUGUAAAUUUUUCGAGUCAAUUUAGUCUAAUAAACAGAUGGUCUGAUCUUA